AUGAGUAACAGUAGCACAAUUUUAUUAACAAUGCCUACAUCAUCUCAUAAUUUUAUUGAAAAUCACCAUACAUCAUUUUAUUCUGAAAAUAAUUUAUAUGAAAAUAUGGUUAACUUUAAUACAGAAUUUUUAAUUCCAUGUUGUAGUAAAUAUAUUGAUAUUAAUGAAACAAAUGAUUAUCCAAUUUCAUCACAAUCAUUACCUACCUCAUUUUUUAAACAUUCUAACAAGAAAAAUUAUCAAACUAAUUAUAAGAAAAGAAAUGGAUUAAUUAAAGAAAGGGAAGAAUCUUUAUUAUUUCAAAAAUUACAAAAUACUCCAACACAUCCUAAUAAUAUUUUUUAUUCUAAUGAAGUUAAAGAAAUAGCAAAUGAACUUCUUCUUUUGUGUGAUCAAUUUGAUAAAGAACUUUACAAUGAUAUGGAUUUUAUAAAUAAUAUAAAUAUAAAAUGUGAUAAUUUUUUACCCUUUUUUGUGACAUCAAUUAUGUACUGUAUAUCAAAUUUUUUUAAUUAG